GCUACCUUCCGCUGCACACACUGCGCAGCGCAUUCAAGAACGCAGAACUGUACUUAUUAUUCCUCCAUUGUCAUCAUAACGUAUCCCUCUGGUUCGGCGUGUUGUGCGAAGAGGACGAGGUUCUUCAUAUAGCCGACGUUUCUCAUGCAUUACUCUAUGUUGAGAUCUUUGGAAUGAGCUGCUUUCUCCGGAGCGCGGUCUCCAUGUCAGCAUGGGCACUGCUGUGUCCAAACGGAAGAGUCUAAGAAACGAUGCGAUUUUGUCGGUGGCAGCAAAAGUUAGAGCAGCCCGAGCGUUUGGAGAAUAUCUGCACACUCAUCCUGAGAGCAGAAACGGAUCAGAUUACUUACUGUCUGAUACCCUCACUGGCCCCGACUCCGACUCCCCAGACAGUGUGUGUACCCAGAACAACCAGCCCCAAAGCUACGCCCUGCGGGCCUCAGACAGCCCAGAGCCCGCUCUGAUCAACCCUGCCCUGGGCCUCCUGCAGCCACCUGGCCCCUCCGCCCCCGCGCCGAGCCGCCUGUCCCUGGAACGCAGCUUUUCAGCCGAGGAGGAGCAGCAGAAGUGCGUGGAGUGUGCGCUGCAGCCGUCCCGUGUCUACACCAUCACCGGCGAGGGUGGCAUGCUGACCGGGGGCCGUGGCAGUAAGGAGGGCCUGGAGCUGGAGGUGCUGAAGGGGGCGCGGGACACGCCGCCCCCCUCCCAGGCCACCCCUCAGCCCUCCACCUCACCCUGCACCUCCUCCAGCUCCUCCUCUCCCGCCCAGCACCACCACCGCCACGCUGGCCAUCACCACCACGGGGGCCAUCACCACAGCUCCAGCACCGCCUCCAACCAACAGCAAGGCGGGGGGGUAUCGGGCGGAGCGGGUCCGCUCCAUCAGCACCACCACCACCUGUCGCAGCCCCUGCAGAGCUCGGUGAGCGCGCACAACAUCCGCGGUUGGGCCGAGAGCAGGGAGGGCACGCUGGUGUGCGAGGCGUGCCCCGCCGCGCCGUCCCGCAGCCAGGGCUCGCUGGACCUGGAGAGCAGCGCACGAGAGGCAGGCAAGCAGAGCCGGUGGCCGCUAGAGCGGAUGUGCAGUGUGGACCGCGUGACUGGGCUCGAGCGAGAGGAAAACCAAUGGUACCCCAAAGAGAACAUGUUCAGCUUCCAGACUGCUACCACAACGAUGCAGGCGAUAUCAAAUUUCCGGAAGCACCUUAGAAUGGUGGGCAGCAGAAGAAUGAAAGCUCAGACAUUUGCAGAGCGCAGGGCGAAGAGUUUCAACCGCUCCUGGAGCGACCCAACCCCGGUCCAGCAAGACUCGCUCCACGACUCCAAAGAGAGUGGGGAGCUGCAGGCCCCUUGUGCUGCUCUGGAGGAGGGCAGCUGUGCUGAGGUGGGUUGGGAGGAGGAGAGAGAGGUGGAGAGGCAGGCAUGUGAAGGAGAUGACUUCAUCCCUCCUAAAGUCAUGUUGAUAUCAUCCAAAGUCCCCAAGGCAGAGUACGUGCCAAACAUCAUUCGCAGGGAUGACCCUUCCAUUAUCCCCAUACUAUACGAUCAUGAGCAUGCUACGUUUGAUGAUAUUUUGGAGGAGAUUGAGAAGAGACUGACUUCCUACAGGAGAGGCAGUAAGAUCUGGCGCAUGCUCAUCUUCUGCCAGGGUGGGCCGGGGCAUCUGUACCUGCUGAAGAACAAAGUGGCCACUUUUGCCAAAGUGGAGAAGGAGGAGGGCAUGAGCCAGUUCUGGAAAAAGCUAAGCCGGUUUAUGAGUAAGGUGAACCCGGAGCCCAACGUGAUCCACAUCAUGGGAUGUUACGUGCUGGGGAAUCCCAAUGGAGAGAAGCUGUUCCAGAAGCUGAAGAACUUGAUGAGGCCUUACUCCAUCACCUUUGAGUCCCCGCUAGAGCUGUCCGCACAGGGGAAGGAAAUGAUAGAGACGUACUUCGAUUUCCGCCUCUACCGCCUGUGGAAAACGCGGCAGCACUCAAAGCUCUUGGACUACGAGGAUCUGUUGUGACCCGGCUCGGCCCGUGGCUUCAACAGGACCGUGCCAUCCCACCCGCUCACGUGAAGGAGGACGGAAGAGAGGAGGAGGAGGGUCCAGUGGCCACUUUGUGGUCCAGCCCUUCGCUCUAGGUGAGCGCAGACAGCAGAAGACACGUCCCAAGGACAGCACUCCUUGUCAGAGUGAGUGAACAGUAACGACAAGGAUGAGCAGGACUUCGCGCUGGUGGUGACAUCAACAAAUUAAGUCAGACUGUUGAGUUUUCUAUGUAACAUAUCUACUUCACUAAUGCCCUAAGAGACAACCGUACUUACAAAAACGUCUUAUGUCAAAUAUCAGGCUUUUUUCAGACCUUUUUUGAAAAAAACAAACAAACAAACAAAACUAUGUAGACAUAAAAAUAACUAAUACCAGUGAUAUAUAGAUGAUAUAUAGUUAUAUAAAUCUCAUUAAUAUAUCGUGUAGCUUUAGUCAUGCAAAUAAUUCAAAUGUCAGUGAAACACAAUUUAUUUUUUGAUGUAUAUUUGUGUGGUCUUUUUAAUGAACUACUUUGAAUAACUCAGGUUUUAGUCAUGAAUGAAUAUGUUCAUUAUUGCUCUGUCCAGAAGUAUUUGGGAGUUUCUUGUUAGGUAUUUUGUGUAAAGAAUGUCUCUCCUGACGUCUGCUCUAUCUGUAAUUGUUACACAAGAUGCCAGAGCAUCCUUCUAGUCAGUGAUGAUAUGAUGUGUAUUGUGGCCUGAUAAUUUGAUUUGAAAAUCUUCCCCCUUGCACACACAUGCACACACAUGCACACACAUACACACACACAC